GGAGUGAAUUUCCGUUUCGUCCCCUUGGGCAUGAAAAGGGGCGCAGAGCGUGGAGGGCGCGUGUAGCCGAUGACAUUUUGCUGCACUCGUUCAUUUCUGUGCCUCACCGUUCUCCACCGACCCGCGCUCCCGCUUCCCCGCUCCGGCCGAACCCUAGCCGCCCUCGCCAUGCCGACCUCCUUCGACGACCCCCCGGCGUCCUCCUCCCCUUUCUCCGCCAGCCCCAACGUCAACCGCCCUGACCUCCUCGACCCUUCCGCAGGCGGCGGCUCUGCAGACCACACCAACACUCUGAUCGGCGGGAGCGCACCGGGACCGGAGGGCGUCCUCGCCGAUCCGGCUAGCAACGGCAACGAUGCCGAGUUCGGGUUCUAUCGCCCGGACAUGUACAAGAGUCCGCUGGUCGGCACCGUGGACAUGUACGAGCGCCAUGUGUUCCUCUGCUACAAGACCGCUGAGAGCUGGCCGCCCCGCAUCGAGGCCUCUGAGUUCGAUCGCCUGCCUCGCAUCUUCGCCGCCGCCCUCAAGGCUCGCAGCGGCAGCAUGCCGCGCAAGACUCGACUGACUAUAUGUGAAGGGCGCGAUGGAACUGAAACUUCGAACGGCGAUGUCUUAAUUUUCCCUGAUAUGAUCCGAUAUAGGAGUUUGACUCAUUUUGAUGUGGAUUCUUUCGUUGAGGAUGUGCUGGUGAAAGAUACUGACUGGAUCUCUGGAACCCCUGAAGCAUUAACAGGCUCAUAUGUUUUUGUUUGUGCCCAUGGUAGCCGUGAUCGGAAAUGUGGUGUUUGUGGGCCGCCUCUUAUUAAGAAGUUCAAGGAUGAAAUUGAAGCACAUGGACUGAAGGGUCAAAUUUCUGUGAGCCCAUGUUCUCACAUUGGUGGGCAUAAGUAUGCUGGCAAUGUGAUCAUUUUUGGAGCAAGCGUUGGAGGAGUGGUCACUGGUCAUUGGUAUGGGUACGUCACUCUUGAUGAUGUUUCUGUACUCCUAAACCAACAUAUUGGCAAGGGAGAGAUUGUUGAUCGGAUUUGGAGGGGUCAGAUGGGCCUGUCUGAGGAAGAGCAGAAAAGAAGCCAAGAGCAGAGGCUUCGGCUAAAUGGAGAGGCAGUUUCUGUCGAUGGAACCACUUCAGAGAAAACUGCCAGGGAUAAUGAAAUUAUCACAGAGAGCACCGCUUCUGAUAAAGGUGUAAUGGGCUGCUGUGGUGGCUCAGGCGGUGGGUUUACUUGUUGCCAAGAUAUAGGGAGGUCUGAAGGCAAUGGUGGUGUUGACAUAAAGAAAAAAUCUGGCGGAGAGGAUGCAUCCCCUGCGCGCAACAAGUGUGCAUCUGCGAAGAGCAAGGGAUGGUCUUGUUCACUUCCAUCAUGGUUCGAGACAUGGGAGAAGGAGGACACAUUUGCAGCCUUGGCCAUAAUUGGAGCCGUUGCCUCGGUUGUUGUGGCCUACAGCUUCUAUAGGAGGUCACACUGAAAUCUUUUGGAUGUUUGCUGCUUGCACCACAGAGCACUUCUACUGCCUUGUUGGAGUUUGUCAUCUAUUAUAUAUUUUACUAGCGAUUCUAAAUGUUUUGGCACUUGGCCUUGACUUGUAGUUGUUUGGUGCUGUCCAUUUUCAAUAAUUGUUGCUCGCUGGAAAUUACCGCAAGAUCAAACACAUUCUGCUUUCAGCUUAAUACGAGAAUGCUCUUGAGUUGAAGAAAUGCCGCAGCUGAACAGUCUUUUACAACGGUUGUUUAGUAUUCUUGUUCCAAUCUUCUGUAUUUCAAUUAAUGUUUCCGUGGUGCACGUAACCUGGUGCUUACAUGCACCUGACCUUAGCUUUGCUUUUUGGACCCUAAUUCUAAAGCUGUUAGUAAAAUAGAAUCCGAGUUCUGGUUCUA